AUGGCAGCAGUACCCACGAUCGACCUUACACUAGCCGACUCAGAUAAUGAAGACAUAUUUUUUUCUUUUUCCUCUUCUACAAGUAUGGAUAAUGCAGAAAUUAGGAAAGGAGACAUGAAAGGAAGAAAGGCCGAUGAGAAACUUGUUAGGCCUGAUGGCAGUGCAAAGCAACCCCUCUCACAUGCUUGCAGGGCGAUUUUAUCGAAAAAAGAGAGCUCCAAUACAUCUUUGAACGAAGAGGCAACCACGAACAAAAUUUUCCAUAGAAAGGACAGUGGAGAAUAUUUCGACGAAGUAAAUCAAGUCCAUAGUUCGGAGGAAAAAAUGAUGAAGUCAUUCAAUGGCGACAGAAAAGUGCAUGUGAUUAAUUCAGGUAAGCAAAUGACAAGGCCCUCCAACGGUCACGUAGACUCAUCAAAUAAAUAUGAGCAAAGUAAAAUGAGCGAGGAAAUAAUUCAUGAUCAAGUGGAAAAAGAAAAUAUCGAUGUCAUUUUUUCCUCAUACUUUUCCAAGGACUGUAGCAGCAGCGAAGAUGACUUAAAAUCGAAUAAUCAUCGGAAUGGCACUCUCAAUUUUCAGGACCUGAAGUCAAACUCAAACGAGACACGCUCAAGAGGGCAGGAUUGUAGCUAUGUGACAGAGGAGAACCAUUUGGAAAACGAGGACGCGGAUCAGACAAAACAAGCCACAGCUAUAAAUUAUCAUGUCCUUCCACUUGAAUCUAGUGCUAAUCUGAAAUCCGAAACUGAGAAUGACUUGAAAAAUACUAUAACAAAUAUUACCGACGUGCAGCGGUCACCAAUGUUAGUUUCCAACGCAAAAUCUUUCGGAAACGAGGCUAAAAACGGAAUAAGCAAAGCGGAGGAAAGGAUGACCAUCCGACUCCCAGGACUUCGGAGCGAUGCUCUCUUACUUGAGCCAGAACAAAGCGAACUAUUCAAACAUUUUGGUGGACAACCUGUCGACACGGAUGAUGUUAACAUCAAUAAUAAAAGAAAGCACAGUGGUGAAUUAGAAGAUAGUAAGGUAGUUAAGAAACCUUUAUCGCCUUUGAAGUACUUAGAUGACGGCGCGUAUGAUUCCAAUGCUUCUGGACAAAAAAAUAACUCGAUUAUAGUUCUCUCAGAUGGGGAAGAAUCUGCUAUCGGUAUAGACGAUUUCAAAAGUAACUCAAAAGCUUCUGAAAUAAAUAUAAUCAACAAUCAUAACAAUGAUAUGCCAGAAGUUAUAUCUUUACUAGACCUCCCAAACGUUGAUUAUGACAGCCCAGUUAUAAAAGAACUUAGUAAUAGCAAUUCAACAAUGAUAUCAGAAAGCGGCACACAAAACUCAGGUUCACUAACUCUUCAAAAUGCUGUCAAGACGGAGCAAGCCGAGAAGAUUCCCCACCAAGAGACCAAUUCACUUGAGACUGCUAAGAAAAAUCAUCAAAGUUUACUAAAGGAGAUGAAUUCGAAAGAAUUAGAACUGCGCAAUGCUCUCAAUUCUUCUAAAACAAACUCAGAAAUCCUAAGAAAAAAACUAACAAGAAGAGAAAAGGAGGUUUUUGAAGCUGAGAGGCAUUGGCAACUAUUAUUAAGGUCAAUGGGUAGAGGCGGUAGAACUAUCAGCUCAACCCAACAGAUUCUAGUCGAUGGAGCUCAAAGCCAAUUGCAUAAGCUAAAGGAAAAAAGGCAACUAACUAAGGCAAAACUGGAUUCAAUUAACAUGAAGAUGUAUAACUUCAGCGAAAAAUGGAAGUCUUUUGUCCACUCAAAAAACAUAAAACUACAAAAAUCGUUGACCGCACUUGAGCGGUCAAUCAGGGACAACGAAGCCACUGCGACUGUAAAUAAAAGAAACGAAUAUUUGGCUGAAAAGGAGAAAUUAGAUCAGAUGUUGAAAGAAGGGACACUUAGCUUUAGUACUUACAAAAAAUUGACGGGGGAAAUCCAGCAGAAGCUAAACAAUUUUAAAUUGGAAGACCAACGUAAGGGAGAAGCUGGUGGCACUAUGUCAAUAGUACGACAGUCCCUGGCAAAAAGAGAUUUGUUUAUAAAAUCCAUCGAUACUGCAAAAAAUCUACUGGUAAACAAUACAUCAAGAACAGAAAUGACGAAAAAAGUUCUCUAUAAACAUCUGGACAAUUUAAUCUCAUAUAAGAAUUUCUUCGAAGGGGGGAAAUCCUUGAUAGACGUAAACAGAAGAAAUAUCGCACAGGAGUCGGCUCAAAUAUUGUUUACCAAUGGUGUAAAAAUGCCCAUUGUUUUUGAAACUUUACAGGAUUACGGCAUCAAAUUUUCCAACCAGGCCCUUGUCAGCCCUGAUAGAAGAGCUCAAUAUUUCAAAAGCAUUGCACUUGCCCGCGAUCUCAUUUCGAAGUCUGAUAGAUCGGAGGACGCCAAACGAAAGAUCACUCGAUUUUUGAAUAUCCUAGAAGAAUUUCGAAGGGAUAUCGACACUGGAUUUCCACCAACGCCCUUAAAGAGAGAAGGUGUUGGGAAAGCUGUAGUUGGGUUGAGACAGCAAGGACUUAAAAUGGAAAAAUUGUAUGAAAACUUGAGAAGAUAUAAGGUUCCUCUAACAAGUGAAGAGAUCCUACAGCAGAGCUACUUAUUUCCAGCAAACGCGAACGAACCACUUCCCUUAAACUGGAACACCCCAGAAGGUACAGAGAAUGCUAAUUCUAUAGGUAAUACUAUGUCAAUGCAAGAUGAAUUUCAUAUUUCUAAUAUGCAUGCGGCUGAAGAUCAAGAACAGAUAAGGGCUCUUUUGGAAAACGUUAAACAGUCAGAAACUAUUAUUGAUGGCGAAGCACUUACUCCAGAAGACAUGACCGUGAACUUAUUAAAGCAUCAAAGGUUAGGUUUACAUUGGUUGUUACAAGUUGAAAACUCCGCAAAAAAAGGUGGUCUACUUGCCGACGAUAUGGGACUGGGUAAAACUAUUCAAGCUAUUGCAUUAAUGCUGGCAAAUCGAUCAGAUGAUCAUAAAUGUAAAACUAAUCUGAUUGUUGCACCAGUUUCUGUUCUAAGGGUUUGGAAAGGUGAGCUAGAAACGAAAGUAAGAAAGCACGCGAAGUUUAAUACGUUCAUUUUUGGAGGAUCUGGUAAUGGGAAAGUAAAGCAUUGGAAAGAUUUGGCUAGAUAUGAUGCCGUCUUGGUAUCUUAUCAGACCUUAGCAAACGAAUUUAAGAAGCAUUGGCCAAAAAAAUUGGAUGAUGAACAAAAACAACUGCCGGCCGUGCCUCAUAUUCAAGCUUUAAAUGCAUUAAAGACUCCAAGUGAGUACUAUUCUCCAUUUUACUGUAAUGAUUCAACAUUUUACAGAAUUUUAUUGGACGAGGGUCAAAAUAUCAAAAACAAAAACACAAGGGCCUCUAAGGCAUGCUGCACUACAAAUGGUGUAUAUAGAUGGAUUCUAUCUGGUACACCGAUUCAAAAUAGCAUGGAUGAGCUUUACUCUUUGAUACGAUUUUUAAGAAUCCCACCUUACCACAAGGAACAACGGUUCAAGUUAGAUAUUGGGAGAUUUUUCCAGAAAAACAAGCAAUAUGAAUAUGACAAUGAGGAUAGGAAAAAUGCAUUGAAAAAGAUUAGAGUUUUAUUGAAUGCCAUCAUGCUUCGUCGGUCUAAAGCCGAUAAAAUCGACGGCAAACCGUUGCUGGAGCUUCCACCCAAAAUCGUAGAGAUAGACGAAUCAAACCUGAAGGGAGAGGAGUUAAAAUUUUACACAGCUUUAGAAUCAAAAAAUCAAGCACUAGCCAAAAGACUGCUCAAUAAUUCCACUAGGGGUAGUUAUUCCGGCGUUCUCACAUUGCUACUUCGCCUGAGGCAAGCUUGUUGUCAUUCAGAGCUAGUUGUCAUGGGUGAAAAAAAAGCAGAAGGUACAAGGGUAGCAAAUGGGAAAAGCUUUGAAAAUGACUGGCUCAGACUUUACUUGAAAAUUAGUCAUAUGAAUGAGGAAGCGCGGACCCAAGUAAUUACUUCAAUGAAUUCUAUGACUUGUUUCUGGUGUUUGGAACAAUUAGAACCAGAAGCAAUGUCCGUUUUGACAGGGUGCGGCCAUUUAAUUUGCGAUGCAUGUGUCGAACCCUUUAUUGAAGAGUCCUCUUCUUUGCCUCAGGCCAAGAAAACUAGAGGUGGGGCUUUGGCUCUUCCAUGCAAGGAUUGUCAGCGUUUAACAAACGAAAAAGAGAUAGUUUCGCACAAACUGUAUGAUCAGGUAAUAAAUCAGGGAUUCAGUACGGAAGAUUUACACGCAGAAUACCUCAAUGAAAUGGAGAGACAAAAAUUACAACAAAAAGAUGUUUACGUGCCAGAUUUUGUGAACUUGGAACCAUCAACAAAAAUAGAACAGUGUAUAGAGGUUAUCCAAACGGUAUUUGAUGACUCUCCAACUGAAAAAAUCAUUAUUUUCUCCCAGUUUACAACGUUCUUUGAAAUUCUUGAACAUUUCCUGAGAAGUAGAUUGAAUAUUCCUUACUUGAAAUACAUUGGAUCUAUGAAUGCGCAAAGAAGAUCAGACGUAAUUAAUGAGUUUUAUCGUGAUCCUGAGAAAAGAGUACUUCUAAUUUCUAUGAAAGCUGGUAAUUCAGGGCUGACAUUGACAUGCGCAAACCAUGUAAUUAUUGUUGAUCCAUUUUGGAAUCCCUACGUAGAAGAACAAGCUCAAGACCGUUGUUAUAGAAUUAGCCAGACGAAGAAGGUCCAGGUGCAUAAACUAUUUAUCAAGGAUUCUGUUGAGGAUCGUAUUUCUGAAUUGCAGAAAAGGAAAAAGGAAAUGGUUGAUUCUGCCAUGGAUCCGGGGAAGAUAAGAGAAGUGAACAGUUUAGGCCGCCGGGAAUUAGGAUUUUUAUUUGGUUUAAACGCUCUGUGA